AUGAAGGUAAAAAAGGUUUACUUGAAGACCGAGCAUGGUUAUACCUUCAACAUCAAAUUAUACAAUGCAGACGCAUACACCUAUUUUGAAUGCAAAACUUGGCAAGCACUAUGCAAGGCUUAUGCAUUUGAGCCUGAUAUGGUUAUCACCUUUGAUAUUCGUCCGGAAGAUGAUAUUGAAGCUUAUUUCCAUUCAAGCAAACAUGCCUGGCGCUUGGUAGACAGGACCGUCCACUGUCCCGGGGCUGAACUAAACUGCGAGGAGGCAAGUCAUUAUGUUUCAUGGCUUGAUAAUCUUGAUGCUUUCAAGAGAAAUUAUUUUCCUGAAUUUGAAAAUCUUAGUACUCAAAACGUGCGACCAAUAGUGAUCGUAUUAAACUACGGUCACAUCUAUUUAGGAAAGAUGGGACUCCCGAUGACAGUUGUGUCUCAGUGGAUCGAGACUAAAGGUCGCAUGUCAAUGGUGAUUUGCUUUUGUGGUGUUAUGAACGCUUAUAAUAUCAUGACCAUGUUGAACUCGAUGUCUGCACUAGUGCAGGGUCUCUCGCUUGUGAUGGAUAAUCAGACACAGGCUGCCUUCACCAGUCUUGUGCAAUGGAAUGUGGGAGACGGGCGACGAAUCUUAUUCUGGAAGGAUACGUGGCUCAAUGGUUCCACCGUCGCUGAGCUCACGCCGAUGGUUUGUGCAAGGCUUUGGAAUCAUAAAAAUGAGAUCGUGUUUGGUCCAAGAACAUCAAUCGCCGCCACAGUGCAGCAAUUCACCUUGCAGACCUUCGAUGUACUACGCACAUGGUCUUCGAUGUUGGAAGUCGUUAAUAAAUCUCCACCCGCCUUCUCCUACUUCCGCUCGGCGGCUCUUGCAGCUCGCUCGCCCUCAAAUCUCCUUAAAAAAUCGCUCAUUGACCCUGCUCCUGCACAGCCCAUGAAACUGGGAUGGAAAAUUGUGUUGGGGUCGUUCAUUGGAUUCUUCGGAGCAGCGUUCGGCAGCAUCGGCGGUGUAGGUGGCGGCGGGAUCUUCGUGCCGAUGCUGACCCUGAUCAUUGGCUUUGAUCCCAAGUCGUCUGCGGCGAUGUCAAAAUGUAUGAUCAUGGGGGCUGCUGUGUCAACCGUGUACUGUAACCUCAAGCUGAAGCACCCAACUUUGGACAUGCCAGUGAUAGACUAUGAUCUAGCCCUGCUCAUACAGCCCAUGCUGAUGCUAGGGGUCAGCAUUGGGGUUAUCUGCAAUGUGAUAUUCCCUGACUGGCUUGUCACAGUCCUCUUAAUCAUUCUCUUCAUAGGAGACCGCAAAACAAUCAGAGCAAACAAGACUCAUAAGACUAGAGCUGGUCUGAUACUGCAGGUAUCCAUUUGGAAGAAUGUUUACUGGAAGGAGGUUGGCCUUCUUGCCUUCGUUUGGGUAGCAUUCCUUGCGCUUCAGGUCACUAAGAACUACAUGGCAACUUGCUCCAUCUGGUACUGGGUUCUGAACUUACUCCAGAUCCCAGUGUCUGUUGGGGUGGCCAUGUACGAGGCAGUAGGUUUGGUGCAGGGGAGGAGGGUGAUAUCAUCAAAGAGGAAUGAGCAGAACAGCCUGAGAGCUCACCAGCUAUUGGUAUACUGCUUCUUGGGCGUCACCGCUGGUGUCGUCGCCGGUCUGCUUGGCGUCGGUGGGGGCUCCAUCAUGGGGCCUCUCUUCCUGGAGCUCGGCGUCCCUCCGCAAGUAAUUAUAUCUUUGUUUGCUCAUGUUAAGAACUUUAUGUUUCCAUCAUGGUUUCUGCUAUCUAUUUAUCACAUGUUUUCGAAAUGUUUGCAUUCUGUUGAACGUCCCCAGGUCGCAAGUGCCACCGCCACCUUCGCGAUGAUGUUCUCAUCUUCCAUGUCCGUCAUGGAGUACUACCUCCUGAACCGGUUCCCCGUGCCAUAUGCUGUCUACUUGACCAUCCUGGCAUUUUUCGCUGCAAUCGUCGGCCAGAGGGUUGUGAGGAAGCUAAUUGAUCUGCUAGGACGGGCGUCGAUCAUCGUCUUCAUAUUGUCCUUCAUGAUCUUCAUCAGCGCGCUCUCUCUAGGCGGAGUCGGCAUCUCCAACACGAUCCACAAGAUCGCGCGGCAUGAGUACAUGGGAUUCGAGAACAUCUGCAAAUACGAGGCGUAG